AUUAACCAGCCAGGGGAAGAAGAGAACCAAACAUAUACAUACAACAAAGAAGCCUAAAAAAAUCCCAAGUCCUUUUACUUUGAAUUUAAUUCUUCUCUAUUCUCACUCCUUUGCUUUCUUCAUCUUCAUCUUCAUUUACAUAGAGAGAAAAGAGAGAGAGACACGCAGAAAGAUACCACUGAGAUAAAACUCCAUGCAUUUCUCAGCUCUGACAUGGCUCUUUCUUUUCUUGCUCUUUCAUGUCUCUCAUUCUGAUCCCAGAAUUUCCAAAGCUGGUCUCUUUUGUGGCACCAACACAACAAAAACUUCAAAAUACGUUCCAAGUUUUGUCCAAGAAAUGGAAAAUCUUUCUCAACGGAUAACCACCGCCCCCUUCGCCACCUACCAUGUUAACCUCUCCUCAUGCAUUUACGCUUUGACUCAGUGCCACCGCGACCUCUCUCAGACUGAUUGUCUCCUUUGUUUCGCUGCAGCUCGCACAACUCUCCCUCGCUGCCUCCCUUCUGUCUCAGGUCGCAUCUUUCUCGACGGCUGCUUCUUGCGUUAUGAUAACUACAAUUUUUACAAAGAGUAUGUUUCGCCGGUUCUUGACAAUGUAACUUGCAGCAUAGCUAAUGUUAGCGUUUCCGAUUAUAGGAAUGAGAACGGGUUUCUCACGAGCGUCGGUUAUGCAGUUGGGAAUGUUACGAGGACGGCGGUGAGGGCGGGCAGCGGAGGUUUUGGGACGGCGGAAGUGGCGGGCGUUUAUGCAUUGGCUCAGUGUUGGGAGAGCGUCGGAAAAUAUGGGUGUCAAAAGUGUUUAGAGAAAGCUGCAAAAGCUGUGAAAGGAUGUGGGCUUAAGAGAGAGGGGAGAAGUUUGAAUACAGGGUGUUAUUUGAGAUAUUCCAACCAGAAGUUCUUCAGUGAUGAUGGAUCAGAUGAAGAGAGUCAUGUUUCUGGGCUCCGAAUCACCAUAGCCAUUUCCUUGGCAACAGCUGCAUUCAUCAUGGUGUUUCUCUUUGCAGCUUAUGCAAGCUAUACAAGAAUUAAAAAAAUGAAAGAAGAACGCAAUAAUCUUGCCCAAUUCUCCAUUCCAAUGGAGAAUUCCUGCUUGAGUUUCAAAUAUGAGACUCUCGAGAAGGCAACAGAUUAUUUCAGUGAUUCGAAGAAAUUAGGCCAAGGAGGAGCUGGUUCUGUGUACAUGGGGACUCUUCCAAAUGGGAAUUCUGUUGCUGUCAAGAGGCUAAUUUUUAACACAAGACAGUGGGUGGAUGAGUUCUUCAAUGAGGUAAAUUUAAUCAGCAAAAUUCAACACAAGAACCUGGUGAAGCUUCUGGGUUGUAGCAUUGAAGGCCCUGAGAGCCUCCUGGUUUAUGAGUAUGUGCCAAACAAGAGCCUCGAUCAAUUCCUUUUCGUUACAGAGAACGAGAAAACAAAGCUUCUAAACUGGGAGAAGAGGCUUAAAAUCAUAAAUGGAAUUGCUGAGGGGCUUGCAUAUCUUCACGAGGGUUCAGAAAAAAGAAUAAUCCACAGGGACAUUAAAAGCAGCAACAUUCUUCUCGACCAAGAUUUUACUCCAAAAAUUGCAGAUUUCGGGCUCGCCCGAAAUUUUGCUGCUGAUAAGUCUCAUCUUAGCACCGGAGUUGCAGGAACUCUUGGAUACAUGGCUCCGGAGUAUCUUGUUCGAGGACAACUUACUGAGAAAGCAGAUGUUUAUAGUUUUGGAGUAUUGGUUCUUGAGAUUGUUUGUGGAAGAAGAAACAACUUGUAUUCACAAGACCAUAUAUCUCCUCUCCAAACAGUUUGGACACUUUACAGAUCAAACAAUCUGGUAGAAGCAGUUGACUCAAGUCUGAAAGAAGAAUUCCCUGUAGAAGAGGCAACUAAUGUGCUUCAAAUAGGGCUUCUGUGCACACAAGCAGAAGUUGCACUAAGGCCAUCCAUGGCACAAGUAGUAUUGAUGCUCACAAGCAAAAACUGCAAGAUUCCGAUCCCGCAUCAACCGCCAUUUAUGAGCAAUAAUGUAAUGAAGCCAGAAAGCUCCACAAGGUCUCACAGCACAAACAGUUUCAUAGCAAAUGCAGCAAGAAAAAUGGAACUGUCUUACACUUCUACAGAGUCUUCAAGUAUGCCCAGUUCAGAUGGGCAUUCCAGAAGUGGGGAAUUACUCCCAAAGUAAAUUAAAAGACUAGAGACCUUGAAGCCAAAGAUUCAUUUGCAACAUUUUGACCAAAGCAUAGAAGUAUUAUGGGACUCUGCAGAUUUCAAUGAAGGUAAAAAUGUCUAUUGACUAACAAAGUUUUUAUGAUUUUGAGUUGGGUGAAUUCUUUAGCUCAUCUAUGUAAAUAUUUUUACUUUCUUUCAAUUUUGGGGCAUUCCUUGAUUUUAUAAUAUUUGGAGAAGGGUAUUCAAAUGCAAAUUGUAAACUAUUAAAUUAAAGCAAUUUAAAUAGUCCAUAUUGAAUUUGAUAAA